AACUUUCUCAGUAUUAACUACACACUCGAAUCGUAACAAGCCACAAUUUAUAUAAAACUACACAUUCCAAGCAAAAAUUAGCAUUAAAACUAUCGCCAAAAUGCAGUCUUACAUAGUUCCCCUCAUCCUCGCUGUCGCAACCCUUGGUCCACUCGCCACCAUGGCGCAAUCGUCUCCCAACAACUCGACUGAUGGGGAGGCUGGCACACUUUCGCCAAUUUACUAUCUUCAAUUCAUCCUCGCAAAUUCUCUCGAACUCGGAGAUUCCUGUUCCUGGAGUGACGAAGCCUUCCGUCAAUUAGGAGCCCGUGUCAUGAAACGGUAUCCCAAGGAUAGCAAACCAUACGACCAGGCGUUCGACAACAUUGUGUCCAGCACGGUGGAAAAUGGGAGGACUUAUUGCUUGGCGAAAGAAAUGCUGGUGUGUGAUAGGGAUUCGCAGAAAUGCGUUUGUGGCGAAUCCGCAGUUCAAGCCAGCCUUGGACUGAGGUACAAACCGAGCAGUUACGAAUCUGAAUGGGACGCUAGCACGGGAAAGAAAGUGUGUCGAUUUUCCCGAGGGGCGUCAUGUGAUCCUCAAACAGCCCCCAAAAGACAGGCCUCCUUCGUCCCCAAGUGUGCGCAAGGUCUGACUUGCACCUAUCUCAAGGAUGGGACGUCAUGCACAAAUUUGUCAACUUUGAAAUACGUGCUGGACGCGAUUCGAAAUAAUGUGACGCGUGAAGAAGCGAUGGAUGGGAUUCUCACCGGGAAGAUGUGCCAAUGUGUGAGUGAAGAAGAUAACGGGCUGGAUAAUGAUGAAUUUGCUGUCACGAGUAAUAAUGGGCGAUUUAGAAGAAGCGUGGGUCGAAAUGGUGAUGAUAUCUAUGCACGCGCAAAAGCUACACUUUUUACGCCGGGAACGAUUGAGAUGUAAUAAUUUCGUAACCCUUUAUAAUUUAAACAAAUGUUGAUAAUUUUUAGAAUGAUAUUGAAUUUAUAAAACAAUAAUAUUUCACUCUAUGUAUCUAUUUAUAUUUAGUAACUUGUGUAAAUAAAGUAUGGCAUAAUUAAAUCGCUAAAUCAUUUAA